AAAAGUGUGCAUCUGUUAUUCUUUACCAGAAACCCAGAGGUGGAAAACUGGAGUUGAAAAUGAGAGCUGGAAUUCUGCUCUCAUCCCCUGCAUUUUUGUGACAUGCAAAGCCAGAUCCUUUGGACGACCUUUCUAAAAUACACACUUGAGACAGAGUUAUAAGCAGAAGCUAAAAAUGCCCGGAAGAUUUCUGGUUUCCUUCACUACUUUUCCAGCCUUUUGUCUCCCUUCCUGAUUCAGAUGACAGGAUACUCAGCACACUGUAAUCAGUGUGGUUCUCCAACUAGGUGUAUCUGUGGAAGAUUGUGCAUGUAAUUCAAGAUGGCCAGCCAGCUGCCUGAAGAUGCCGCAGAGUCUCAGGUGUCGGAUGAGCUUGAGUGUAAGAUCUGCUAUAAUCGCUACAAUCUGAAGCAGAGGAAGCCCAAGGUGCUGGAGUGCUGUCACAGGGUUUGUGCCAAAUGCCUCUACAAGAUCAUAGACUUCGGGGACUCCCCGCAAGGGGUGAUUGUCUGCCCCUUCUGCAGGUUUGAGACAUGUCUGCCUGAUGACGAAGUUAGUAGUUUACCAGAUGACAACAACAUCCUAGUAAACUUGACUUGUGGAGGCAAAGGGAAGAAGUGCCUGCCAGAGAACCCCACUGAGCUGCUACUGACCCCCAAGAGGCUGGCCUCCCUUGUCAGUCCUUCUCACACAUCUUCCAACUGCCUGGUGAUCACUAUCAUGGAGGUGCAGAGGGAGAGCUCUCCGUCUCUGAGUUCUGCCCCUGUAGUUGAAUUCUACAGGCCUGCGAGUUUCGACUCUGUCACCACCGUGUCCCAUAAUUGGACAGUGUGGAACUGCACGUCCCUGCUAUUUCAGACGUCUAUCCGGGUGUUAGUGUGGCUGCUGGGCUUGCUCUACUUCAGCUCCUUACCCUUGGGCAUCUACUUGCUGGUGUCUAAGAAAGUCACCCUCGGGGUGGUCUUUGUCAGCCUCGUCCCUUCCAGCCUCGUCAUCCUUAUGGUGUAUGGUUUUUGCCAAUGCAUUUGUCAUGAGUUUUUGGACUGUAUGGCACUUCCUUCUUAAUCAAUAUGCAAAAUAAGAAAUUUCAUACCCAUUGCUAUGUUAGAAGGAUGUAUGUAUGGUUUCUUUUCCUUUAUGUUCUUUAUGGUUGGUAUUAAUGGCAUUAACAAAGCCCCAGGCCAGAGCCUGUAGCUUUCCAAACACAUGUUGACCCAAUGGGUUUUUCUGGAUGCUGGAAGUAAAAAUAUGGUGUUUUUUUUUUAACUUAGGGAUUAGCAGCAAAACUGUGUAUGUCCAAUUUUUAUGGUGUUCUGACAGCCACAAGAUUCCCAAUGCUUCAAACAGACACCAGGUCAGGUGUCCUUCUUUGUGAGAAGUAGAGGUGAACAGAUUUCUUCUUUUCACUGUUGUGUACAUUCUACCAUGCUGGGGGCACCCCAGAGGAAAGUUGCUCAAGACACAUAGGUUUGCAAACUGUGUGUUCCACAUACCCCUGUGGUGUUGGAACCCCCAAAUCAUCUUCAGGUGCUUUCUCUCGUACGGUAAUACCACUUUGAAGCCUGCUGAUCCUCUGAGAUGCCUGUCCCCUCUGGGCAUUCUCCCUGCCAUGAGUCAUUCCCUUGGGUAGUUUCAACUGAAUAUCUUGUUUGCCAAUUACUGAAGAGAAUGGAAAACAUUGCAAAGUUUGCAUUGUAGUAGAUGUCAUGGCAGAAUAUGGACAUUUGUAUUUGAUCCAUGCUCUUCCCUCCAUGUCUCUUUUCCUCUCUCCUUAGGCUUCUAUAAGAACUGAGGAGAAUGAACAACCAUUGCUAAUGGAAACUUUCCUUCCAGGCUGUCUUUAGAACCUCUUAGUUGAUUUACUUUUAACCACACACUCAACCAAUCCCACCCCUUAUCUUGAACAAAGUUCCAUUUAAAUUAGUCAUUGUAAGUUUAUUGAGAUGUUCUUUUGAAAAAAUUGUUUGAACAAUUUGAUGAGGAUGACUAGGACUUAUUUAGCUUGAUCCUGUAAUAAUGUGAGAUGAAUUGUGGCCAUGACAACCCCGAGGCAGACCACAGCUUAUAGUGCUGAGAACCUGUGUCUGCUGUCCUGGGCUAAGUUGUACCAGAGCAAGACAGUUCAGGCUUCUGUUGAAACCAAGUGCUGGAGAAGUCCAGGCAGAGCAAUGGGCAAAGACCUGCCAAGCUUAUGCCUGGCUUGAAGCAGCCUUGCAAGGUAGUGAAGUGCAGCCGGAGAAUGCAACUUAAUGUAAAUGUAUUGCUGUCGCUGUUGUUACUAAACCAGUUUUGGAAUAGAUCCAAGUUCUUAAAUCUGCAUCAAAUCAAGCAUAAGCUAUGUGUUUUGAGUUGAUGAAGUCCUUUCAGGAUGUCAGGGAAGUCAAAUGUAUAUAUUUAUGAGAAGAAAUUGUCUCGUAGAGUUUAGGACUGGAGGAAUAGAAUGUUCACAGAAACUAGGCAAAAGCUCUUUUUAAAAAAUCUCUAAAGCCCAUUACUGAUGAUUAACAUUAAAAUAUUUGUAACUCUAA